CAUUCAAAAUUUGACGAAGAAAGAUUCUAUAUUUUUUUAUUUUUAAAAUAUAUUGCGUGAACUUGAGUAAAAUUGAAGUUUUUUCGGUUUGAGCUUAAGGAAUAUCUAUUAAUUGACGCGAGCACAAAAUUAUAGUGAACUGAACUGAUAAACGUAUGCUGUAAAAGAAGAAUAGCAGCUGGCAUGCUUGCCAAGAAGCUAAGUCUCUAGCACACGGUGACAACAUAAGGCUUGCUAUACUGCUUUUAGCAGACCAGUGAUUCCUCAUCUAACUCAAGUUAAGCCGUGAAAAUGAAAAACAACCAAGUAAAGAAACGAAGGAGAAAAGACAGAACUUGGGCUGAGGCUGCAACCUUGGCAAUCCAGCAAAGUCCGACAAGAAUGCUUGGAAUACGACCGAUCUUACACACAAUCUACAAUGAAAAGUUAAAGGACAUCUCAAUGAACAAAGCUGCUGAGAAUGUAUUAACCACCAUGCUUAACCAUCACGCACAACUUCCAAACUGUCCUUUCUAUCGAGUUCAGGGAAGGAAUGGAGUUUACGCACUCAAGGAAUCAUGGUUAAAAAGCAACGCACUUGAAACGAACUUGAACAACAGUCAAGAUGAUUCUUCUGAGGUUAAAACAACAGAUUCAGAAUCACCAUCAGUAAGUGACUCACCAGCCCCACCAAGUGAUAUAACUACAAGGGAGAACCACACGUAUUCAAUACAAGGUCGUCCAUUACCGGUUGACGCAAACAAGAAAACAUCGAGCCCAUUUUCGAACCCUAGUUAUCAACGAACUUCAACGAUAGCUUCUCGACGACACUCCUCCCCGAUGCAGAGGGCCUCUUUACGCUCCAAUGAUUUCAAACCCGCCAACAACGUUGUAAUAUCAAGAACAAAUUCGCUCACUACGAGACAGGGACAGAACGCUGAGAAUAUUGUUGCUAGGAAUAAACCAAAUUCAACCUUUGACCUCGAAACACCAAGCAGUAUACUCGUACAUGCAAAUAUGAGGGACUUAAUUAAUCGUGAAACUUUCGCCAUGUUACCUGCAUCGUAUCGUUACAAACUUACCAUGCUACUACCUGAUUGUGAUAAAACAAUCGACACUUCGAAUGGGGAGGAUAGAAAAGUUGUCGUUCCGUCGAAAACUGCUCUCACCAAUGAGUUCUUCACACAAGCUGUGCAGGAAUGGAGGGAGAGAUUAUCUGAUGGUGAGUUCACCAGGGAGACGCAGUCGAGGAUUGUGCAAGAGAUCGCGAAGGAGAGAAGUAAAAUAGACCCGUGGAAAGAAAAGUUCUUUGAAGAGUAUUACGGCCAGCGACAAGUGUCAACUAAGAGGUUACGAAGCCGCAGCCAGAAUUUAGCGGAGAUGGGCCACCAAGUUCGUGAUCUUGGCAUGGAGGCCCAGCUCGCACAGUUUCUUCAUUUAAGACCUGAAGCUCAGCGACCGAACCCUGCAACAUCGGACACAGAUUCGGCAGAUGAAGACCCGACACAGUUUGCACGGGUUCCAGUCACUCGACAAAUCCACAAUCAAACGAGUCCAAGGAGCAUUGCUGCCUCAAACUUGUACAAAAAGAACAGGAACAGUUUUGCCGAGCGUCUGGCUCGUACUAAACUCGCGAACUCGCGCCUUGCAAAACUCCGUCAAUGCAAAGUAGCAACACCAGCCGGUGCGAAACGAACGCUGCCGAUGAACCGUAACUCGAAACUGCUCAUGCAGAACGCUUUGGCGCGAAAUGAAAAACCGACCGUCAUAUCUUCUCUAGUAAUGAAGCCAUCCGGUGCGUUAUCUCUCUCAAAUCUCGCUCGUCACCAGAACUGUGUGGAUGGGAUGAACAAUAGAUGUAGUGAUGACUCCAUAGAGGAGGAAGAGGAAACGGAGCAGAAAGUCCUGGAUGUUCGACGAAGAUCGGACAGCGGAUCAGCCAUCGAUGAUCAUUCGUACACCACUACUACUUGGCAGAGGAACAAGAAGAAAGAUGCGGCAAAAGUUGAUCAAACCGUCAACCACGAUAAACUGAAUUCACUAAAUACUAUAGUUGCAACAAGUAGAUCUAACACCACACUUGUGUUAAAACCACGAGGUAACUUUGUAAGUUCAACCAUCACAAGUUUAAACACAGAUAUCUCUGCAACAGUGAAGGGAUCAAACGUGAUGUCCUUCAUCACCGCUCCAACAACUUCAUCUGCCACAUCAUCCUCCACACGAUCUGUGUUCUCCGACACAGCAGUCCGCCCGGCAGCGCGCAUGACGAACAGCGGGUUCGUGCCCCUCCCUGAAACUGAACGAGUCCUCAGUCUUUGUGCUCGGCCUUUAACCCCAGAAUCGUUCACCAGCAAAGCAAGCCUCGCGACCGGGAUCUGCCAAGUCCCGAGUCCCCUCUCUGUGUCUUCUGCGGAAACAAACACUACAGACCGAAUCACUUCAUCUCCAAUUCAAACUGCUCAUAAAACUAUGCCCCCGAAACCAACAGCUCUUACCUCAGUAGCAGUCUCCAUCCACACCUCUACAGCACAAACGACACAAGUCAGCCGACUCAACCAGUCAUCCUGCCAAUCGCUGCUCAAACCAGAAACCCAAAACCCGCAUAUGAACAUUCCCCAUUCAAAUCUCACAUCUAGAUUAACUUUCUCCACCUCCAACACCACAUCUAUAUCCACAACCAUAUAUACCCUUCCCCAAACCACUCGGAUAGCAUCACCCGUGUCAAUAAUUGUCAAACCCACAACAUCUGCGCAUCACUUAAAGACAGAUGUUCAUAAAACGAACUCCACCACUCCACAGAGGAAUAUAUUUGAACAACUAAACGCAACAUCGCACACAUUAACCACAACUUCUCAUGUCAGCAUUGUUGCUUCUCCCGUUGCUCCUGGAAAACUAACUGUUACAGGUACAAAACGUUGUCACUCCAUCACCCCACCCAAUUUCUCUUACCCAUCUACCCCCCAUACAAGAUGGCCCACCCCUAACUCCCCCUCACCAGCCAAGAAGACACGAACCCUCGCUGAAAUCAAAGCUCAGAUGAAAGCGAGGAAAGCAGCUGCAGCAAGCAACACAAGACCCACGUUACUAUCCACCCAACCACACGGAGUGGUAGCCAACACACGUUCGCACAUAUUCUCCGCAACUACAUUCCCCGUCUACUUCCCUGUGGUCACUGAACCAUGCAAUAAGACCUCGACCCCCAUCACAGCUACCCAGGUGCGACCCACUACCCCGGGGUACGUAAGGGUGAACGCCACCUUACCCCUCGAAAGGGUUCAGUGGGUGAGUCACCCCGGCACCCCGCAUGGGGUAAGGGCUACCACGGCGAAAGUUGUAUCAGUGGCAAAAUCUAGUGCAUUACAUAACCACACUGUAGUGGGGCCUGGACAUAUCAUCACACCUGCACUCAAGACAGCACCUGUUGUACACCGAGAAACACGAUCCACCUCUAAAGUAACGCUUAACUCAGUUAACCAGGGAGUUAAAGGGAAGAUCAUACUUAAGAUCAAAACUGCUGGUUCAGCAAUUUCUUUGAAGGUUGAUGCGGAUGUUAUAAAGAAGGAGUUCAACCGAUCUCCCUCCUCUAAUGAGGAAGAUGAAGAUCACGAGAGCGAAGAGGAUGACUCUGGCUCCGAGGACUCCGAUGAACCUAAAAAGUCCUCCAAAAAGUCCAAGAAGAAAAGAAGCAUUAGUAGCGGUUGCUCCUCUGACUCCGAGGUGGAUAUUUGCAAACCGAACAAGAGAUGGUGUCCGGAGGACCUCGAUACUGGGCAGUCUGGGAUCAAAUUUCAUGAGAAUAAAUCUGAUCCUCCACAAUCAUCUGCAUCAUCCACCUCUAUGCUCGUGAAAGCUAACACGACGUCUCCCGUGUUUGGAGUCUCUCCCUACAGUGUCAAUGUUGAACCCUCGACCUCCGUAACUACCGUUCAUAGAAAUCUUACAACAAGUAGUUUGUUCAACCAGAAAACAAAUCCAUCGUUUGCGUUCAAUCCUUCUACUUGUUCAUGGCAGAUGAAUAAGUCAAUAGUAGUAAGCACACAUGUUGCUACACCAACCAACACAGAAGCUAACAAUCGAUUUAUACGACCUGCAAGCAAGUUCCAAUCAACAAGUAAAGGUAAAAGUUUACAACAUAUGCAAGAACUUGCACGAACUAACAUGAUCCACUCUGAUGACUCAGCAGAAGAUUCUUCUGAUGAUGACUCGACAGUUAUUACGACCACUGCCUCAGAAAAGGAAAGUGACAGUGAGACAGAACCCAUGGUACGUAACACAAGGUCCAUGCAAGCAGCACUUGCAAACCAAGCCAAGUUAAACUUAAUUUCACAAAAAUCAACAACUUUUAGACAAAGCGAUGUUUAACACAUGCAGUUAUUUUAAGAUGACAACUGUGCAGCAAAGUUUCAUUCAUGCUUGCUUCUCUUAUAUUUGUUCCUUAAUUCUACACAAAAAGUCAUAUAUGAAUCUGUGUGAGUCUGGAGAUCCAAUGUCAACUUCAGCUAACUGCUGCUUAAAGUUAUAAAGUAUUAUUUUUUUGGUAAAAUUCUGUUACCAUGGCACAGAAAACUUUUCAAAAAGGUUCGUUUUUGUUUAAAAUCGCAUCUUGCGUGUUGGGGUUUUAAAAUAGUUACAUUUUUGCACAUUUCGAAGUACCCAUGUUUCCUUUUUUGUUUUCUAUUUUAAUUGUACAUUUCAAUUGAGACUCUUGCUUUUCUCUCUUUUUAAACCUAACUUUGCCAAAUACUGUACGAACCUGUUCUUUCCCUCCUUGUUCCUGGGCUGCGUUGCUGGGUAAGUGGGCAGCAAUCAUCGAAAGUCAACUUAAUGCCCAACAUUCUUUUGUGGAAAUAAAACGAAAAUCUUCCGAGAA